AUGGAGGGUAUCAUCAGUAGAGGAGCCUCUGGUGAACAGCACAUGCUCGAUCUCGUACUGCGCCGCUCCAGACCAGCCCAAGUUGUCGGCCAGUGUUCACCGGCCGAGCAAAAGGCGAGUCUUUGGAUGCAGGUUUUCUCCUUCACCCUGGGAGCGCGAACAGAACAGAACCCAUUCUCAGGCGAAUUGGCGGCCAUGGCGUAUGCGUUGCGUAAUCUGCCGCACAGCGAGCAUCAAAAUAUCGCCCUCUUCACGCGCAACAAGGGAGCGGUGGCUGCCCUGAGUCGGCCGUAUCAGCAAUCAGGGCAAGAGUUCAUCAAACGCAUCUACGACUCAGUAGAUCAGCUGAUUGGCAAGGCAAGCACCAUUGCUAUAGGCUGGGAUUCAUCGGAUAAGAACAAACUGUGGCAAGCGGCCAAGAUACAAGCAAAGACUGCAACACAGCAAGGCACGGCACCCGAGGCUCAGUUUCCGCUGAUGAAGUCCACGACUUUGAACAUUGAACGAAGAAAACUUGAAGGUGAACGGUGUUUGCCUGCAGACGUAGGAAAGUUCUCCAAGAUGCCGCUCUUCCUGGGAGCCACACACGUGAUAUUUACGAGGAAUGGUCAUGGAGGGAGCGCUCAGCGCUUGCCCAAUUGA